AUGGCUGUUACUAUUCAUCCGGUGGCUUUUUGGGCCACUACCAUCGCAUCCGGCCACCGUUUUGGGUGGGUACCGGUCCCAAAAGAACCGGGCCACCUCCCUCUUGCCAUUCUGACCAUCCUCAGCCGCUGGAACCACCAGUGCUGGCCGGAAAUUGCAGAAAUCCGAGCGAUUUUUCAGAGAUUUUUCGGAAGCUCGUUCGGACGUUUCCGGCGACCAAAUCUUGCGAUCCAGCGAUGGAAGUUUUGGCCGAUUUCGGACUCCGAUUCCGACCACUUCCAUUGA